AUGAUCAUCCCGGCUGGCAAGACCCUCGCCGUCCUCGGACUCGUCUCCCUUGCACCCUUCGUUCAGGGUGAAGACAAGAGUAUCACACGCGAUGUGGCCAUAAUAGGUGGCGGAUCUUCGGGCACGUUCGCUGCGAUCCGACUACGCGAUCAAGGCAAAUCAGUUAUCCUCAUUGAAAAGGAAGACAUUCUGGGCGGACAUACAAACACCUACGAAGAUCCGGUCACCAAGACUCAUGUGGACUACGGCGUGGUCGUGUUCCACAAUCAGCAGCUUGUCAAAGACUACUUUGAUCGACUGAAUGUCUCAUGGGUCAUCACCAAGCCCAACUUCGGCGGUUCGACGCCCUUGUAUCUUGACGAUCAGUCGGCCAAGCCGGUCAAUUACACCAGGCCAGACCCAAGAGCUGCACUACAAGCCUACGCGGCACAUCUUGCUCAGUACCCGCAAGUUGAAGCCGGAUUCUACCUUCCAGACCCUGUUCCCGAAGAUCUACUUUUGCCGUUUGGCGAGUUUCUGAAGAAAUACCCAGACGUGGGCGAUGCCGCUUCGACCAUCUUCAGCUACGGACAGGGCCUAGGGGACUUCCUUUCCCAGCCCACAUUGUACGUGUUCAAGAACUUUGGUCUGGAUAUCAUCCAGAACAUGGCAACCGGGUUCCUGGUGACCACCAGCCAAAACAACCAGGAGAUCUAUGAGCACGCCACCGAGGUCUUGGGGGAGGACGCGUGGACGAGCAGCCAUGUGGUAUCCACGUCUUGUCGAGACAAGCACGGUAUUCAGCUCGAGAUUCAAACGCCAUCAGGCCGUCGGACCGUCAAAGCGAAGAAACUCUUGAUUGCCAUGCCUCAGAAACUAAACAAACUCGCUGCCUUUGCCCUCGAUAACCGCGAGUCGAAUCUCUUUGGCAAAUUCGGCAACACUGGCUACUACACCAGUUUGGUGAACAAUACCGGCUUGCCCGCGAACUUCAGCUCCGUGUCUGUGGGUACCAACACCCCGCAUCAGAUCCCCCGAUUGCCUGGGGUCUACGGCGUCGGUGCAACAGCCAUCGAUGGGGUAUUUGAUGUCAAGUAUGGCAGUCCGAACGGAUUACCUGAUGAUGUGGUUCGCGGCGAAAUUCUGUCUUAUGUCAAGAAAUUGCAGGCCAACGGAUACGCUGAACAAGUGUCUGGGGAGCCCCAGUUUGUUACGUUCAAGAGCCACACCCCAUUUGAGCUGACUGUGUCGAGGGACUCUAUUGCAAAGGGAUUCUAUAAGGAACUGUAUGCGCUGCAGGGCUAUCGGAAUACUUGGUACACGGGGGCGGCAUUUGAUACGCAGGACUCGUCCAUGUUGUGGAAUUUCACCGAGGAGCAUGUGUUGCCGGACCUGUUGACAUGA